CGCUAAUAAGCUCAGAGAGCUGCCAUUGACAAAGCUUCCGACCCAUAGGGGCAACUUUUCAUCUUUCUCUGCCAAUUCAGUUUACCGCUACACAGAGAGAGCGACAGAAUGGGCUGCCGGAACGGAGGAGAGCUCCCAUACGGGGAGGAGGCCUCGUUCAGCGAUGCAUUGCUGUUUGCCACCAUGUGCAUCAUUGGCCUCCCCGUCGACGUCCACGCCAGGGACGGCUCCGUCUAUUCUGGAAUCUUCCACACCGCCUCCGUCGAAGGUGUUGUGUUGAAGAAAGCAAAGAUGACAAAGAAGGGUGGGAGUAAUUCAAAUGUGGCAAUUGGAUGUAUGGUGGAGAUGCUUGUGAUUCUCUCAUCUGAGCUUGUGCAAGUUGUUGCCAAGGGAGUUUCGCUUCCUGCAGAUGGUGUUGCUGGAACAAUUGCUGGUGAUGAAUUGGAAUCUGCCCUUGGAACUGUUUCUUCUCACCAUGCUGACAGAGUAGGAAGUAAGUGUCGUGCAUCCACAAUCAGUAAGAAGAGAACCUAUAAGAAAAGGACUUCAGUCCAAACUGAGAAUGGCUUCACACAUGGUGAUACAGAUACCUCUAAGUUAACUCUGCCAAGAGUAAAUGGAAAUGAAGGGCAAUGGGUUUUAAAGCAUGAUAUGAGAAGUACUACGGAGGAGGAAAGUGAUGCAAAAGGGGUUACGGGGGUUAAUGAUAAAGUUGAAGAUGUUUCUGCACCCUCAACCAACGAAAGACAGGUCAAAGAUGACAAACAAGUGGAACUGGAUAAUGGCCACAGACCAUCUGAACUUCAUAGAAAAACUAAUACAGCUGAAGUUCAUAACUCAAGUUUGAGAUGUGCACAGAGAAUUCCAUCUGGGGAUGUCACCAUUCCCCUUGCAAAACCAGGUGAAGAAACUCAUGCAAUGCUGCUUCCUGCAGAAUAUGUGAAUGGAGUUUCUUGUGAUCCUGCUCCUGCCCUUGUAAAUGAUGGACCAGCUUCAGCUCACGGUGCUUUGGAUGGUGUUUCCUCUAGUAUGUCAUGUUCUUCAUCUCGUCAGGGAGACCUUACCUUUCAAUAUUGCGGCAAUUCACAUUCAAAAGGUCUAGAAUCAAACAAAAAGAAUAAGGAAUUCAAGCUCAACCCCGGAGCAAAAGUAUUUUCUCCGACUUUCAACAAUUCUAGAUCAGCAACUCCUCCUCUGGCCCAAACGAUAGCAGGCAUCACAUACAUGCCAAGCACCUCUUCGAUGUUGCCUGCUCAGACAGAAGUAGGAAUGGGCCCCUUCAUGCCUCAUUCAGCUGUUCCUGUGAAGGUCUUACCAUACACUGGGAUUGGUGACAUUAAUACUCAUCCUGAGCCUGUUGCUCGGGCACAUCUUCUCAGGUAUGCUGGUCAGCAUCAGACUGUCCCAGUUGGAUCAACUUUUGUUCAUCCAAACUCUCAGCCACUUAUGGUGGGACGAAUGGGUCAGGUCAUGUAUAUGCCACUUCCCCAAGAUCUUGGUCAGAAUGGUGCUGCAAUCUCCCCAGUCUUCACACGACCAUUGCCCACUGUCAGUCAAGUCCAGAUUCCAAAGCACCAAGCCGCAGGAAAUUUGCCUGGGCAACCACUUAUCCAUCCACCUUCGGUAGCUGGCGUCCAGCAAUUAUUCGCAGCCCCAGGUCCCAUGCCGCUUAUGCAGCCGCCACUCCUUGCUAACAGUCCGAUCACUGUGGCUGGACGCAACAGUCUUUACCCCACAAAGUUUUCCUAGAAGUACCUUUUCCCCUUUAUUUUAUGUUGCCGGAAUCAUAAUUUUUCUGGAGUCGGCACCUAUUGUUCAUCUGAGAUACAUCAUAGUUCAAGCAGGAUUGUCUGCAUAAAUUUUCAGAAGCAUGAAGUACUCGUUACUGUACUUGGUACUGAAAGGUUGUCUUCGAACUGCUUGAAUUCUUUGAUAAGAAUGAAAUGCAAUUUUGAAUAGUGAUUCAAAAUUGAAA